AUGUCAGACGACGAAGUCGACCACGAACUGCUUGAUCUGCUACGCAAACGCUUUGGUAUUGGUGUGCAAGAUGAUGGACCUCCGGAGACCAAGGUGCUCGAGAGCGCCGAGUUCAUCUACGACAACAGCAUCGAUGUGGCCUUGGACAUGCGCUCGACAAAAGUAGCUGCGCAGCUGGUUCUCGACGAGAUGGAGAAGCGCGAAUACAGCACCAAGACCUGGUCAUCCCACGCGCUUCAUCCCAAAGCCAAAGACGAAAGCACCGUGAAUUUCAUCUUCACCAUGGAUCUUCUAAACUUCAGCUUCUGGAGCGAAAAGAAGGAGGAAGAGAGGUUUGCUGUUGAGUACAAGGAGAAGAAAUGGACAGGUUACUGGGGGCUCGUCGCUUUGCUGCAGCGAGCGCUGGACGAGGAUAUCCCAAUCACCUCACCCGGGUUCUGGAUAGAUGAAGAGAAGUGCACGGACGAGUUGCUCAGAAGCGUAUUUCGCAGCGUGAACGACGAGCAAGCACCGAUGCUGGACCAGAGGAUACGUUGCUUGAGAGAAGCUGGGAGGGUGCUGAAGGAGGAAUUCGACGGCAGCGUCGUAAUUCUCAUAGAAGACGCGAAGAGGUCGGCUGCUGGGUUGGUCAAUCUCCUUGCUGAGAAGUUCACCUGUUUCGCAGAUGAAGGCACCUUCGAGAGGAAAAAAGUUCGCUUCCUGAAGCGCGCACAGAUCUUCGUAGCUGAUCUCUGGGCUGCAUUCGAUGGCGAGGAUUAUGGGGAAUUCAAAGACAUUGAUAAGAUUACCAUGUUCGCAGACUACCGCGUACCGCAAAUGCUGCAAUCUCUUGGUGUGAUGUGGUUCUGUCCCUCCCUCGAAGCGAAAAUCAGAAGACUAGAAGUCAUCGAGAGCGGCCACACAUGGGAGAUGCAGAUACGAGGAUGCAGCAUAUGGGCCGUUGAGCUUCUUCGCCGCGAGAUAUUGACGAUCAAGUCAGACGCGAAGGUCAACGCUAUCCUCAUCGAUUUCUUUCUGUAUGACCUGGCGAAGGAGAAGGAAAAGGAAGGGGUUGAUGCGAUACCCCAUCAUAGGACGCGAAGUAUAUGGUAUUGA